AUGCCUACUUUCCAUCCCACUAAGCCUGACGGGCCCUUCAUCGUCAAGGGAAUCACUCCCGACCAGCCAGGAACUGGUGGCAUUCGCCUGGAGCUGCGCGAGUUUAAGAAGAACGCUGAUCUCUGGAAUCUUUAUAUUCUCGGUCUCUGGCAGUUUCAGCUGGUUCCCAAAGAAGAUCAACUUUCCUACUUCCAAAUCGCUGGUAUUCAUGGAGAGCCGUAUGAAUCCAGGCCUGUGGGCGACAAGAAAAUUGAAGGCCUCCAGAAGCAGGAAGAUGGGUUCUGCACGCACUCAUCCAUUUUGUUCUUGACCUGGCAUAGGCCCUACCUCGCACUAUUUGAGGCCAUUUUGAAGCAGGCCAUUGACUUUGUGGCGCAGCAGUUUACCGCUGAGGAAGGCCGUGACAAGUACCUUAAAGCGGCCAAAUAUUUCCGCAUGCCAUUUUGGGGCAAGUUUAUCCAAUCCCAGGGAUCAAUCAGGAGUUUACUGACAGAAUGUCUCAUAGACUGGGCUCGUCCUGGACUUCCAGUGUUUCCGGAAGAAGCAACCGAUUCCGACAAAGCUCGGGUUAUCAUUCCGAAGAGCUUGCUACAAGAAUAUCCUGACUUGAAGAAGGGUGCCGACGGAUUUGUUGAGAUCCAGAAUCCACUCUACUCGUACAAAUUCCCGUCUGGCAUCGCCAAGUCGUUCCAAAUCGAGGGCCUUCAGACUACGACCCGCUACCAGUCUCAAGGCAGCACCGUUGUCCGGAGCGCGACUGAGCAAAAGGAUGAUAUCCUUGGCAGGCUAACUCCCUUCUCCCGAGAGGUCAAUCCAUUAGAAGGGAAAAUUCGUGUUUUUCACCAGGUUAGCCACAAUCAAUGGGAUCCCAAGCGCAAGCCUCGCAUCAUCGAUGGACAACCAUCAAAGACCAGCGGUCUAGGAUUCGGAAGUAUUGAGGAUAUACACAAUUCCCUUCACACCCUCGUCGGUGGUCAAGGGCGUGAUAACCUCAAUCGCCCAAGGACUGGCCAUAUGAGCAAAGUCCCCAUCUCGGCCUUUGAUCCGAUUUUUUGGCUCCACCAUACCAACAUCGACCGUCUAGUAUCCAUCUGGGAAGGCCUCCAUGCCAACCCGAAGGACCCAAAGGCUUGGGUGACCACCAAGUCAUCUGAUUGGGGUAAUUGGACCACGGCUGAAGGGGAAGAUGAAGGUCCCAACACCCCGCUGGUCCCAUUCUACAAGGAUGCCAGUAACUUCUGGACAUCUGACGAUGUUCGUGAGACUGUCAAGUUUGGCUAUGCCUACCCUGAGACCAAAUCUUGGGCCUUCAAGAAUCCAGAGGACUAUCGCAAAGAUAUCUACAGCAAGCUUGAGGCCCUCUAUCCGACAGGAUCUCUCGCUACAAUGGUUGCCGCAACUAACGCUGGAAACAUGAGGCCCGAGGAGGCACUUCAAACACGAGCUAAACGACUUGCUCGCGUCACUGCUAUUGAGGAGCCUACCACGGCAAUUACGGCUCUCUCCAUUGCUAAGGCCGUAUCAUCACUAGAUGGCAGGAAGGAAGUCAUAGACGCUCUUCCAGACGUACAAGUACCCAGAGUCAAGGUUCCAGAGGACAGAUCUCUGCGCAAGCUAGUCCCGGAGAACAGCUACCUCGAAUGGCUCGUCAACAUCAAAGCCAUGAAGCAUGUGCUUGGAGGCCAAUACCUUGUCCAUGUAUUCUUGGGCCCCGUUCCACCCGAAGAAUCUACCUGUCUAUACGCCGUCUCUCCCAACCACGUUGGCACAUUCUCUCCGCUAGGACAAGACCCGAAGACUUCCUGUGGUAAGUGCAAGGUAGACCAGGCGGCCAACAUGGAGAUCACGGGUCAGAUUCCUCUUACCAUUGCGCUUGUUGAACGUUACUUUGCCGAUGAGUUAGAGAGUCUUUCUGAAACUCAUGUUAUCGAGUAUCUUCAAAAGAACCUUCAUUGGGAAGUUCUUGACGAUUCUGGAAAGAGACAACGCGGUAAUCGAUCAGCUGUUGAUGGACUGCUCGUCGGUGUUAUCAGCAACAAGGUUACUCUUCCCGGGAACGGAAGUGACUUUGCUCAGUACUCGGAUGAUGUCACUGUCUAUCCGGAGAUCACUACCAAGGCCAAUACAGAAGAUGGUGGCCGUGCUGAAGGGACUGGUAUCACGGAGGAUAACAAAUACUUUUAA